AUGGACGAGAACCUGCCUCCAGCCCGCUCGCAGCUCACCCAGCGCGCGGCGUUAUCUCGGGCGCGGCCUGCGUUGAGUCUGCAGCGGAUUGUGGGCGCAGGAGCAUGUGAAGCUUGUCGCGGCCGCAUCACCAAGCCUGCGGUCCGGCCCGUUGCUGCCAGUGCCAGGCGAUACCAUGGCCAGGUCCAGGUCCACGCACACCAUCACCCCCAGCAUGCCCUCCUCCGGCACAUCUUCGCUCAUCUGCGCUCCCAGCCAUGGCACGUCGCCCAGGACAUCCUCACCCAGCUGCGUCGCGGCACCGACGAGCGCACCCUCCUCCGUUUCCUUGAGUAUGGCAGUCUACGUGUCCAGCUCAAGCUGGUCCCAGACACGACAUACCAGUUCACCGCUCCCUAUCUUGCUGACAUGAUGCCGCUCUUUGGCGGUGCCGACAACCCCUACCUUGCCUCCAGGCUGUACAAGGCCCUGUCGGACGAGACUGCCCAUCACGGCACCGACAUCCAGGAGCAGACUCACAGCGCCAUCUACCACGUGCCCUAUCCCGGCGCCCGCAUGUACGAUCCACGCAUGUCGCCAGACACGCUGAGGCCAUCCAAGUGGACUUCGAUAAGCGACGACGACGUCUUCCUCACCCGCCUUCUCGAAGGCUACUUCCUGUACGAGUUUCCAUUGUGGCCUUGCUUCCACAAAGAUCACUUUCUCGAUGACAUGACUGCUGGAAGGUCUGAUUACUGUUCACCACUCCUAACUCCCAUCUACCUUGGACAGACAUUCCUGUCGCUCAUCAAGCUUCGAUGCAUCAUGAACGACAUAGCCGGAAAGGCUCUUCCAGAGGACGAUGGAGAUAACAAUCUCGAUAUUGAGCAGGCCGGUCGUUAUCAUUCUAUGCUGGUACAAUGGUUCCGUGAUCUUCCGGAGCCGUUACAGCCACAGAAUGCCGCCAUGCCGACACAGCUUCUGCUACACAUGCAGUUCCACAACCUCGUUACCAUGACCUUCCAACCGUUCCUGGAAAAGGAAAAGUCUCUCAACUGGCCCAACAAUAGUGGCGCAUUCCAAAAGUAUACAGGCUUCAGUCCGGCCCAACUAUAUGCUGCCUCGAAAGCGAGUCUGCAGACGCUUCUCCACAUGUUCUUCCACCGUCACGGCUUCGAAGCAUACUACAUAUUCCUACUCCAGGUCCUCGUCCAGCUAGGCUUCGAUUCGAUCGAGCGUCUACGCACCCCGGAAGCGCAACAAGAGCAUUUUCCGGCCAUAAUGAAAGCUACACGAGCUACACUCAUAUUGUGCGCCAAGGGCUUGCGCGACCAAGGCCAUAACUUCUUCUUGUCUGAAUUGGUAUUCCGUAUCUUGCGCGACAAGAUGAAUCCGGUAGACGUCAAGCUGCUCAAGGACUGGGCGCACAUCAAAGACGAAGAUGACAGGGAGAAGUCGAUGAUGGAACACGUCUAUGGCGAAUACCCUGUCAACGUAGAGUCCAUCACCUCGGAUCCGACCGAACAACGUCUGAAUCGGCUGUUGCAGACUAUGGCUGAUCUCAAGCUUCCCAACGAUACUGCUGAGCCAACUCAGCAAGAUAGGGCAUCGAGGACAUGGCGAAGCAUCGUUUUUUGA